AUGACAGAAAUUCCCUCGUACAUGAUCGAGAACCCUAAGUUCGAGCCUUACAAGCCAAAGAAACGAUGUUAUUACUCUUCUUCGGUGCUCUCUAUCUUCUUAUCAAUCGUCACUUACAUUCUUAUCUUUUACGUCUUCGAAGUAUCUCCAUCGUCGAUCUUCAAAGACACAAAGGUUUUAUUUUUCAUCUCCAACGCUCUCAUCCUCAUAAUCGCCGUCGAUUAUGGGGCCUUCACUAAUAAAGAGAGUCACGACUUUUAUGGUGAAUACGCCGCGGCGUCGGCUGUGGCGAUGAGAAGCCGUGGAGAUAACUACUCUCCGAUUCCCGUCUUCACAUACCAAGAAAACCCUAGAGGUGAGGAAAUCAAGAACCCGAAAGAUGCUGAAAUCAAGAACACUAGAGAAGAAGACUCGAUGGUAAAAGAUAUCGCGUGCAUUUCGUCGGCUCUAGAGAAGAUAGUACACGUGGUGAGUGAAGAGCAACCUAGAGACCAAGUAGCUAUCGAGAAAUCCAAACCGGUUACUGAUGAAAUUGUUACCGUCGAAGAAGCUUGCAACAUAAGGAACCAUGUAAACCCUAAAUCUUACGGACGAACCAAAUCAGAUAAACCGCGGCGGAUGAAGAUUACCGAAGAGGCAAAGUCCAAACGUAAAAGCUAUCGUCGAAGCGAAUCGGAUAGCUCGAAAUGGAGGGUUGUUCCGCAGAAAUGGGAGAAUGUCGAAGAAGAAUCUGAAGAAUUUUCAAAGAUGUCGAACGAAGAGUUGAAUAGUAGAUUCGAAGAAUUCAUCCAGCAGUUCAAUAGACGUAACAGAUUACAAUCACGAGCUUUGUCUACUUAA